AACACAAUGAAUCUCUUUCUAUAUUAUAAUCAAACUCAUUGCUUUGUUUUUGCAAAAUCACAAUCAUUCCCUUCUUUCUUCCGCGUCCAGGACCUGCCACGAGAGAUCCAGCGACUGUCAGAGUUCCUGGGUAUCUCCGUCACUGACAGUCUGGUGGAGGGAAUCUGUGACGUCACUCAGGUCAACAAGAUGAAGGACGAUUACAACAAUCGUGGGUGGAGAUUCAAGGUCAGGAAGGGUCAAGUUGGAGACUGGAAGAACUGGCUGACAGUCGCCCAGAGCGAGGCUAUAGAUAACGUCAUCAAAGACAAAAUGGCCGACUUGUCCAUCUACAAGCCACGAUAUACUUUACCUUAAACCGCUCACUGAGACUGUAUUCUUGGGUCUGAGAUCACAUUCAUGACAUAGUAUACAUUUUAAAAUCACCAUCAUCAAGAUCAUCAUCAUUAUCA